AUGUCCAAGAGAGCCGCGGACGCGUCCGAGGAGCACUCUGUCGCUCUGAAGGCUGGAGAGCGACCAAUUGCCGACAUCCCCGCGGACGAGGUGGGGGAGUUUGAAGAUGAGUUCGAAGACGAGUUUGAGAGCGAGGACGAAAUCUUAGAGGCUGGUGUGGAUGGAAGACCCGAUGCCGAACGAGAGGAGGAGGAGAAAGAUGCGAUGGAAGUAGACAAACAGACAUUUAUUCCUGGAAGAACAAAACUCGCACCUGGAGAGGUGCUGUCGCCCGAUCCGUCCACAUACGACAUGCUCCACACCCUCAGCACACCAUGGCCUUGUCUUUCCUUCGACAUCGUGCGCGAUUCCCUCGGCGACAACCGCCGGACGUACCCCGCGACGGUCUAUGCAGUUGCAGGCACACAGGCAGCGGGCGGCAGAGCAAAGGAGAAUGAGUUGCUGGUGAUCAAGAUGAGUAGCCUUAGCAAGAUGGAGAAGGAGAAUGAGACGGACUCGGAGAGCGACUCGGACGAUGACGACGAUGGUGGUGAGCCAAUCCUCGAGUCCAAGUCAAUCCCUCUUGGAUCGACAACAAACCGAGUCCGUGCCCAUCAGACCCCCUCGCAAUCCGUCGAUUACUCCAAGCCACCACAAACCAUCACAGCCACCAUGCUCGAGAAUUCCCAGGUCGUCAUCCACGACGUGACUCCCCACCUGACUAGCUUUGACGUCCCCGGCACCGUACUACCUCCUUCCGCUUCUAAGCCACUUUCUACCCUUCGUAUGCACAAGUCUGAAGGCUAUGCUCUGGAUUGGUCUCCUCUACAGCCUCUCGGAAAACUGUUGACUGGCGACAACGACGGAUUGAUCUACGUUACAACCCGCACUGAGGGAGGAGGAUGGGUCACAGAUACACGACCAUUCACCGGCCAUCUCUCGUCGGUCGAAGAGCUGCAAUGGUCGCCCAACGAAAAGAACGUUUUCGCUUCCGCCAGCAGUGACGGAAGCGUGAAGGUGUGGGAUGUCCGGUCCAAGUCGCGCAAACCCGCCGUUGAUGUCAAGGUGUCCAACACAGACGUCAAUGUCAUGAGCUGGUCGAAUCAAACAUUCCACCUUCUGGCUACCGGUGCCGAUGAUGGACAGUGGGCCGUUUGGGAUUUGAGGCACUGGAAGCCAAACCCGUCGGCACCCUCGGCGCAAAUCAAGGCUUCUCCUGUCGCCGCAUUCGAUUUCCACCGUGAGCCCGUCACCAGCAUCGAGUGGCACCCCACGGACGACAGUGUCGUUGCGGUCGGUUCCGCAGACAACACCGUGACCCUUUGGGACUUGGCCGUCGAACUCGACGAGGAGGAGAGCCGUGAGGCCGGUAUGGCCGAGGUGCCACCUCAGCUGCUCUUCGUUCACUACAUGGAGUCCGUCAAGGAACUUCACUGGCAGGCUCAGAUGCCUGGUACUGUCAUGGCAACUGGCAGCUCCGGCUUUGGUGUGUUCAAGACCAUCAGUGUUUAA